GCGGCCGAUAAUGGGGGGUUCGGGGUCUCUGCUGCAACCCCGGGAACCCCUCAGCUAUUCGCGCCUGCAGAGGAAGAGCCUGGCGGUGGACUUCGUGGUGCCAUCGCUUUUCCGCGUCUACGCCCGGGAUCUGCUGCUGCUGACCCCUUCGGAACCGAACCCUGGCCGGCCCGAAGCGCGUGGAUCGCUGGUUCUGGAUUGCAUCCCUUUGCUCCGGCUUCUGGGGUCCCUUCCUCCCGGGGUCACCCCGGACUCUGGCUCCAACGCCCAGGCCCAAGCCCGGACGCUGUCCAGGGUGCUGAAAGGCGGGUCGGUGCGUAAACUCCGGCGCGCCAAGCAAUUGGUGCUGGAAUUGGGCGAGGAGGCGAUCCUGGAGGGCUGCGUGGGGCCCCCCGAAGAAGCUUUUUCGGGGGGCAUGCUCCAGUUCGAUCUCAGCGAGCUGUUCAGCUGGUGGAUCCAUCACGGCGAAGGACGCCUGCGGAUACGCUUGAUGCCCGAGAAGAAGGCAUCCGAGGGGGGCCGGGAAGGCAGGUUGUCAGCAGCUAUCCGAGCCUCGCAGCCCCGUCUGCUUUUUCAGAUCUUCGGGACCGGUCACAGCUCCUUGGAGUCCCUGACCAACACACCAUCCCUACCACCCGGUGCUUUUACAUGGAAUCUGACCUGGACAAUGAAAGAUUCAUUUCCUUUCCUGUCUCAUCGCAGCCGAUAUGGGCUGGAAUGCAGCUUUGACUUCCCCUGUGAGCUGGAGUAUUCUCCCCCUCUGCAUGAGCCUGGCAACCGAAGUUGGUCCUGGCGCCGUGUGCCCUCCGAGGAAGCCUCUCAGAUGGACCUGCUGGAUGGGCCUGAAGCUGAGCGCUCCAGGGACAUGCCCAGAGGUUCCUUCCUCCUCCUCAAUACUUCGGCCAACUCCAAGCACACCAUCCUGAGCCCCUGGAUGAGGAGCAGCAGUGAGCACUGCAAACUGGCUGUCUCUGUGCACAGACAUCUGCAUCCCUCAGGAAGAUACGUCGCCCAGCUGCUACCCCACAACGAGGCUGGUAGAGAGAUUCUCCUGGUCCCCACACCAGGCAAGCAUGGUUGGACAGUACUACAAGGAAGAAUUGGGCGCCCAGAGAACCCUUUCCGAGUGGCCCUGGAAUACAUCUCAAGUGGAAACCGAAGCUUGUCUGCGGUGGACUUCUUUGCCCUGAAGAAUUGCAGUGAAGGAACUACUCCCGGCUCCAAGAUGGCCUUGCAGAGCUCUUUCACUUGCUGGAAUGGGACAGUUCUCCAGCUUGGCCGGGCCUGCGACUUCCACCGGGACUGUGCCCAGGGAGAAGAUGAGAGCCAGCUGUGCCCGACCCUCCCUGCUGGAUUUUACUGCCACUUUGAAAACGGCUUCUGUGGCUGGACCCAAGGCCCAGUCUUGCCCCCCACUCCCCGGUGGCAGGUCAGGACUCUGAAGGAUGCCUGGUUCCAGAACCAUCCAGGCCGUGCCCUGCUGCUCAGCACCACUGAUACCCCCACUUCUGAAAGUGCUACGGUGACCAGCGCCACAUUCCCUGCACCUAUGAAGAACUCUCCAUGUGAGCUCCGAAUGUCCUGGCUCAUCCGUGGAGUCUUGCGAGGAAAUGUAUCCUUGGUGCUAGUGGAGAACAAAACCGGGAAGGAACAAAGCCGAACAGUCUGGCAUGUGGCCACCAAUGAAGGCUUGAGCCUAUGGCAGUGGACGGUGCUGCCACUGCUGGAUGUGGCUGACAGGUUCUGGCUGCAGAUUGUGGCCUGGUGGGGACAAGGAUCCAGAGCCACGGUGGCCUUUGACAACAUCUCAAUCAGCCUGGACUGCUACCUAACCGUCAGUGGAGAAGACAAAGUCCCCCCGAGCCCAGAACCCAAAUCAAGAAAUAUAUUUGAGAGAAACUUCCACAAGGAACCCAAACAGGGGGAAAGCCCACCAAGAGGCAGUGUCACCUUUGACCCUACAGCACACUGGCUCUUCACCACGUGUGGGGCUAGUGGGCCCCAUGGUCCCACACAAGCCCAGUGCAACAAUGCCUACAGGAACUCUAACCUGAGCGUGCUUGUGGGGAGCGAGGGGCCCCUGAAGGGCAUCCAAACCUGGAAGGUUCCAGCCACCGACACCUACAGCAUCUCAGGCUAUGGCGCAGCCGGCGGGCGCGGGGGACGGAGCCCCAUGAUGCGGUCCCAUGGUGUGUCGGUCCUGGGCAUCUUCCACCUGGAGAAGGAUGACACGCUGUACAUCCUGGUGGGCCAGCAGGGCGAAGAUGCAUGCCCCAGCACGAACCGGUUGAUUCAGAAAGUCUGCAUUGGCGAGAACAACGUGAUAGAGGAGGAGAUGCGCGUGAACAGAAGCGUGCACGAGUGGGCAGGAGGGGGCGGUGGAGGGGGCGGAGCCACCUACGUUUUUAAGAUGAAGGAUGGUGCACCUGUGCCCCUGAUCAUUGCGGCCGGCGGUGGUGGCAGAGCUUAUGGGGCCAAGAAACACACCUUCCACCCAGAGAGGCUAGAGAAUGACUCCCUGGUCCUCGGGCUCAACGGCUACUCUGGAGCCGCAGGUGGCGGAGGUGGCUGGAGUGACAACACCUCCUUGGUGUGGUCCGGAAAGUCUCUUCUGGAGGGCGCGACCGGAGGCCACUCCUGCCCCCAGGCCAUGAAGAAGUGGGGGUGGGAGACCAGAGGGGGGUUCGGAGGGGGCGGCGGGGGGUGUUCCUCCGGCGGAGGAGGCGGAGGAUAUAUAGGUGGCAAUGCAGCGUCAGGCAAUGACCCGGAGAUGGAUGGGGAGGACGGAGUGUCCUUCAUCAGCCCACUGGGCACUCUCUAUACCCCACCUUUGAAAGUGAUGGAGGGUCACGGGGAGGUGAGCAUCAAGCAUUACCUCAACUGUAGUCACUGCGAGGUGGACGAUUGCUACAUGGACCCCGAGAGUCACCAUGUCAUCUGUUUCUGUGACCACGGGACCACAUUGGCUGAGGAUGGGGUCUCCUGCAUUGUGUCCCCCACCCGGGAGCCCCACCUGCCUCUCUCUCUCAUCCUCUCCGUUGUGACCUCUGCUCUCGUGGCUGCCCUGGUGCUCGCUUUCUCUGGCAUCAUGAUUGUGUACCGCCGGAAGCACCAGGAGCUACAAGCCAUGCAGCUGGAGUUGCAGAGCCCCGAGUACAAGCUGAGCAAGCUCCGCACCUCCACCAUCAUGACCGACUACAACCCCAACUACUGCUUCGCCGGCAAGACCUCUUCCAUCAGCGACCUCAAGGAGGUGCCCCGGAAGCACAUCACCCUCAUCCGAGGUCUGGGCCAUGGUGCCUUUGGAGAAGUGUACGAAGGGCAGGUGUUGGGUACACCCGCCGAUCCCAGCCCCCUGCAAGUGGCUGUAAAGACGCUGCCGGAGGUGUGUUCUGAACAGGAUGAACUGGAUUUCCUCAUGGAGGCUCUGAUCAUCAGCAAAUUCAACCACCAGAACAUCGUCCGCUGCAUUGGCGUCAGCCUGCAGGCCCUGCCGCGAUUUAUCCUGCUGGAGCUCAUGGCGGGAGGCGACCUCAAGUCCUUCCUCCGGGAGACUCGACCUCGCCCGAACCAGCCAUCCUCACUGACCAUGCUGGACCUCCUCCAUGUGGCUCGGGACAUCGCCUGUGGCUGUCAGUACUUAGAGGAAAAUCAUUUCAUCCACCGGGACAUUGCUGCCAGGAACUGCCUCUUGACCUGUGCAGGCGCAGGUAGAGUGGCCAAGAUUGGGGACUUUGGCAUGGCCCGCGACAUUUACAGAGCCAGUUACUACCGAAAGGGAGGCUGUGCCAUGCUGCCUGUCAAGUGGAUGCCCCCCGAAGCCUUCAUGGAGGGCAUCUUCACCUCCAAAACAGACACAUGGUCCUUUGGAGUACUGCUGUGGGAGAUAUUUUCCCUUGGAUACAUGCCAUACCCCAGCAAAAGCAACCAGGAAGUUCUAGAGUUUGUCACCAGCGGAGGACGGAUGGACCCACCGAAGAACUGCCCUGGACCCGUAUACCGGAUAAUGACCCAGUGCUGGCAACAUCAGCCUGAAGACAGACCCAACUUUGCCAUCAUUUUGGAAAGGAUUGAAUACUGCACCCAGGAUCCAGAUGUGAUCAACACAGCUUUGCCAAUAGAAUAUGGGCCACUCCUGGAAGAGGAAGAGAAAGUGCCCAUGAGGCCCAAAGACUCCGAAGGGAUCCCUCCUCUGCUAGUGUCUCCUCCACCAGCAAAGCCAGAAGGACAGGAGCCCACUGUCCUGGCCCCUCUGCCAUCCACCUCCUCAGGCCAGGGUCUGAAGAAGCCGCCAGCUGCAGAGUUCUCUGCUCGAGUGGCGAGAGGACCAGCUGGAGAAGGUGGACAUGUGAAUAUUGCCUUCUCUCAGGCCAACCCACCCUCAGAGCUACACAAAGUUCAUGGAUCCAGAAACAAACCCACCAGUCUAUGGAACCCAACGUAUGGCUCCUGGUUUGCAGAGAAACCCACCAGAAAGCACAAUCCUCCCGUGAAGAAGGAUCCACAUGACAGGGGGGACUUGGUCUCUGAGGGAAGCUGUACUGUCCCACCCAACAUGGCACCUGGCCGACUUCCAGGUGCCUCUCUGCUUCUAGAACCUUCUUCGCUGACGGCCAACAUGAAGGACGUGCCUCUCUUCCGGCUGCGUCACUUCCCGUGUGGCACCGUCAACUAUGGCUACCAGCAACAGGGCUUGCCUUUGGAGGCCACAGCUGCCCCUGCAACAGGUCAUUAUGAGGACACCAUGCUGAAGACCCAGCCUGGACCCUGAGUCCAGGGGGAAUCCUGGGCCCUUGGAGGAAAGACAAGUCAUGGUUCCUCCACCAGAGACCAAACGUCACUCUUCAUUUUGUGCCAACUUGUUUAGAAGUGCCACCCAGAGCACAGUGUUUGCUACCUGGUUUAGAAAGGUUUGGAGGGGCUCCUGUCGGUCUUUCAGGAGAGGUAAGCAUUGUGAAGGUGGGUGAGCUGAAGGCUAGGUACUGCGGUUAUGGGGGAUCCUAUGAUUGGUCGGUGAGAGCUUCCUCUAGCUGCUUUCCCAAGCAAGGACACCAUUGUCCUUCAGAGCUGGAGCUCUGUGGCCUUACCUGUCACUGGAAGCUGGGUCACAAGAUAGGCAGGGACAGAAAGGAUGCUGUGCUUUGUUCAAGUGGGCCUACAGAGAGCCAGUGUGUACUUGGAAAAACCUAAAGACAGCUAAACACAAGGUCACCUUGAUAAGGUGAGGAUGCUUCUUGGGGCUACUGCUGGGACAGAUGCUGGGACAAGGCAUGCCUGCUUCUCUGAGGAAGGUGUGGACAUUCAAAGUUCUUCGAGUCAAAAUCCCAGGUCAGAUCCAGAGAGUCAGACAUCUUAUCUAUAUACCUCAUGCCUUAAGAAAACCCUCUCCUAAACAUGAACAAGAGUGUGAGUUCUCUGCUCCUGGGUUGAGCACUGGAGUUUCAAGUGAUCACAUCUUUGAAAACUUUCCACUAAUUGACACAAGCCAGAUAGUUUCAAAAGAGAGAGGGUGGGGCCUGAGCGAUAGCACAGCAGGGAGGGCAUUUGCCUUGCAAGCAGCUGACUUGGGUUCGAUUCCCGGCAUCCCAUAUGGUCCCCCAAAUACUGCCAGGAAUGAGUGCAGAGCCAGGAAUAACCCCUGAGAACUGCUGAAUGGGGCCCAAAACAAAUAAACAAACAAAUAGAGAUGGUAAGUGGCAGUAACACAUCAGAGCACAGAAGCAUAUCACGCCUGAACCUCAUAGCAAUUUCUAGCAGGCAAGCUACCAAGUUGAAUUUUCUAUUUGUGCCGAUCAAAGGGAGGAGACAUCCAAGUAAUCUUCCUGCUAGUGUUCAUCUGGGCAUCUCCCACCCCGCAGUCAUGUGACCUAAUUGUGCACAGGAACCCAAGUUCGCUGAAGUAAUCCAUAGCAUUGUGCAUAUGGUUGUCAAAAGUGGGUGAUGGCAAGUCAGGAACUGAGGAGCCCUGGAGUGCAGAUGGUGCUCUGGGCAAGCAAUUAUGGGAUUUUUGAACUUGGAUUUUACAGAGGAACUUAGUUCCCAUGAAAACCAACCAGGCAUCUGUUCCAAUGUCCACACCUGUUUAAGUGGUAUGGCUUUACCUUAUCGGUAGAUUUUUCUCUCAUUCUCUCUGCUUCUCCAUUUCCAUGUCCAGUUUCUUUCCUGGUGGUAGUUGUGCCAAAGCAUCACUUUGAGAGGGGGGAAAAAGCAUUUUUAAUUGCUUGCUAGUCACUAAGCAUUCCCAACGAAAAGCACUGUAUAUAGACAUAAACCCAGCUAAAACUUUCAUGGUUGCACCAACAUGCAACCUUUCACUUUGGCUGUGGGAAAGACGUUGUUGCCCUGUUUGAAGUCAGUCCCAGAUUCAACGUUCAUCUCUCCUGAGGCAGAUGCCUCGCCCUCAUGGCUAGUUCAGCACAUCUAUAGAGGCUCUGAUCCCUUCACUCCCACACUUUUCCUUAGCUGAACUGCCAAAAACUAAUUUCAUCAGAUAAGGAUGAAACAGCAAUGAACUCAUCUCUAAAUAACUGUAUCAGUAUUGACUUGCACCAGGCACAGAAUAGUCCAAUUAUAUAGCAUUCAUUUAAGUCAUAUGCCACCCAAAAGGGCCCCAAGCAUCUCCUACUGUCCUAAAGAGUCAUGUCUGAGGCUCGAUCAUAAACUCAGAUCAGCAUUUCAUUGGAUGUUUGUUACCAUUGUUAGUAACCAAUCAAACGGGAGCAUGUUCCAUGGGUUGACUCUUCAUUGUGAUUCAGGGUGGGGAAAAGAUAUCCUUUCCUUUUUUAAAGCUACAAAACCAUUACAUUCUCAGGUUGUGCCUUACUACCAGAGAUUGAUUUGUUGGUUCUCUCCAAUGGUCUUCAUUGCUCUUAGUUUUCAUGUAAAUGAUAGUCAAGUCGUACAAGCCUGUGUAUAUGGAUAAUAAACAACUCCACACCCAGAA